CAAAUGUAACUUUUCCUCUCCACUGUCACUCAUUAAGCUCUGUGUUCUCCGAGAGACAAUAACCCGUGCUACGACCGAGCGUUGUGCAUUAUGGAUGUUCUUAUGUCCUCCAUGCUAGGGGACGAUCCACAUCUGAUGGCUGAGCCGGCCAUCCAGAUCUACGAGCAGCCCAAGCAGAGAGGGAUGCGCUUCAGGUACAAGUGCGAGGGUCGCUCGGCCGGGAGCAUCCCCGGCGACAAGAGCUCCGACAACAACAGGUCCUACCCGAGUCUGCAGAUCCUGAAUUACUGCGGUAAAGGCAAGGUGCGUGUCCACUUGGUGACAAAGAACGAGCCAUACCGGCCGCACCCGCACGACCUUGUGGGAAAGGACUGCAAGGACGGAUUCUACGAGGCCGAGUUCGGCCCCGACCGCAGGGUGAUCGCUUUCCAGAACCUGGGCAUCCAGUGUGUGAGAAGGAGGGAGGUGAAAGAGGCGAUCGUGCAGAGGAUGACCCGAGGGAUCAACCCCUUCAAUGUGCCACGUGAGCAGCUGCUGCAGACAGAGGAGUACGACCUGAACGUGGUGCGCCUGUGCAUCCAGGUCUUCCUGCAGGAUGAGAACGGCCACUACACCCGACCGCUCGUCCCCAUCGUCACCAACCCCAUCUACGACAACAGGGCCCCAAACACAGCGGAGCUGAGGAUUUGUCGGGUCAACAGGAACAGUGGCAGCGUCAAGGGAGGGGAUGAGAUCUUCUUACUGUGUGACAAAGUACAAAAAGACGACAUUGAGGUGCGAUACUUCUCCGACGACGGCUGGGAGGCCAAAGGCUCCUUCUCUCAGGCUGACGUUCAUCGCCAAGUGGCCAUUGUCUUUAAGGCUCCUUCCUAUUAUAACACCUCCAUAAUGGAGUCUGUCACCGUGCAAAUGCAGUUGCGCCGGCCUUCUGAUCAAGAAGUCAGUGAAGCGAUGGAUUUUAGAUACCUGCCCGAUGACAAAGAUCCUUACGGCUACAAUGAGAAAAAGCGCAGAAGAGAGCACUUGAUGAGGAUAUCGGGAUUGUCAGGUGUCCCUUUCUCUGGUCUGACUAUGAACCGGCCAAAAGCGGUGCCACAGAGUACCAUGAGUCACAUGCGAAAAGACCUCAGCAACAUGUACCUGAGGCAACAGCCCACACCUCCGAUGCAGCAACAAACUCCUGUAUUCAACCAGCCCUUCCAACCAGGCGCUCCGAACGUUAUGAUGACAUCACAGGCUCCCAAUGUGCCAGUCAGCCAUACAUGGGCCAAUCCCAACCCAGCACUCUCAAUGGAUACAGUCACCAUAAACCAGACUGGUGCCAUGAGCAAUCUUCCACGUCCUAAUAGCAGCAGGCAACAGCAGCCAACCCGUGGCUCAGGGUACCCCCACAGAGUGGAGCACAGCGGGUUUGAGAAUAACACCCUCCCUCAGCUCUCCAUGAGGGACUUGCAGUGCUUAGAUGCAGCCCCCCAACCUCCUGUGAUGAGCCAGUUAGAGUCACAGACACUCUUCCAGCUGCAGCACCAAAGGGAGGAGCUUGUGUCUGAGACCCGGCCCCAGAACCAUCUAGGCAACCAGAACCAGGGUCUCCAGACUGCGUGGUCCAAUUUCACUACCCUCAAUCCAGUCCAGAACACCUUUAACGGGUCAGUACGUGGAGGUGGAGGUGGAGGUGGGUCACAGGGUCUGGGCUCUUUCUCCUUCCUAGGGGGAAUGGAAGGGGAUGAUUUUCUGAAGGGCCUGGUGGGAGGAGGGCCUCAGAUUGGCUUCCAGCUGAAGCAAGAGCCCCAGAUCAGAGAAGAGACCCAUGCUUCCGUCAUGCAAUCCCCGAGGGACAGCCAAGAAAAUACUUAUACCAACUUGCUUCCUCGUUCUAUGAGCAAUGGCACUAACAUGAAUCCAAUGGCGCAAGAUGCUUGUAGCAAUAUCCAUCCUCGUAAAAAUAUGGAAAAUACGUAUUCAAGCAACAGCAUGGCAUCCGAAGGCCACUUUCUAACUUUGGCUGACUGGAUCAAAGCAACUCGGCAAAGCGACUAAGAGAGACAUUUUUGAUAUCAAUAAAUGGACAGAAGCAGCUCAGAGGAAUACCUUAGUCUUGUUUAGCCUUGCAAAGACAGAAAUGUUGCUUCAUCCAUUCCGGACAAGUAAGGCUCAGUGGGCAAAUUACAUUCAACUAUUGUCAGCCAUUUGGAAUCUACAACCACACAAAGGCAUUGUUUCUUGGAGGUGCAAUUGAUUACGAACUAAUUCCUUCUUUAGGAAAGACUUUACCAAGGGAUUGUUCCUACACUUGAUUGGCCAACCAUGGCGCUUGGUAAGCAGUCAUUGGUCUUUGCUUCACAAUAUUAAUAUGGAAAGACACCAUUCUCCUAAAAAUUCUGAAUCAAAUUUGAUUCCUUGAUACAUUUUAGACAACAACCAUGCAGUUUCAGAACCUUUUUGUAUUUAUAUUACGGACGCCUGUUCAGGUUCCACCCUAACCUUUAACCUCCGAACUGUUAGGGUGUUUCAAGAGGUCGUUAAAACUAUUCCCCCUAAUUCAUUGAUUGGUUUCCAGCUACUGGUGUUAAGGGCCUUAGUGGAUAUUCUACAGACUAGUCAAUCAUACUUAUUAGUUAUUUUGAGUUCAACUGGCUUCUGCAUGGCGAAGUAUGGGGAUAAAACACGAGGAUGUAAAGAUGACCAACAACCUGCUGACGGUUUCCAAGCCAAAAAUAUAAUUCAGCAGAAGUGAAUGUAAUACUUUCUUUCUUUGUCUUCAUCAGGUGAAGUUUGAUUCACUGUGAACACACUGUAUAAUAGAGUAGAUGUUUGAUCUUGAAAAAGAAACGGAGGCAAAUGUUUAGGAUUUGAAAUGACAGCAGACAAUAUGGCUUAUUAUCAUGGCUUUACACUUUGUAUUGCUUUGGGAAAUAUUCAUACGUAUUCUACUGUUUUAUUGAUUUCUUAGCAGAGUAUUUGCUGUUAAAUGCACUCUGUAUAUACAUAUAAGCCGUAGUUGAGAGUGAAAGCAAUACCCAUGCUGAAACGCUCAAGGUACUGACAUUUCCAUUGAGGAAGUGGGAGGAAACACAUUCAGUGUUGUCUUUCCUUUGUAAUGACUAUGUCAUAACAGUGAUCACAUGCGUUAUCCAGAGUUCUUUAGAGCAUUUCUACCAGAUGUUUUUUAGAUAAAAAUGUCAAUUUUGUGUUUUAUACAUGUUUCUCUUGUUCAGCCAAGCAUAUUGAUAGCUUUGCAGAGUGCCUCGCUCAAGGACACAUGGCUAUUUGGACACAUUGUUGAUGAUAAACAAACUGUCAACUGUAGUUUAGCUCAUUCUAGCAUGUUGUUUUUGUACUUGUAUGCCUUCCAGAAGUAAAUAUUUUUGAUGACUACUU